CCCCCGCCCCCGCCCCGCCUCCGGUGUGCGAUGGGGGGCGGGCGGCGGGCUGCGCGGAGAGGAGCCGAGCCGAGCGGACGCCGCCACCUGAUCCCAUCCCGGCGCGGCGAGCCGAACGACCCGCACACGGCGCGCAAGGCCCCGGGAGCCCUCGGACCCGGCGCGGACGUCGGGACCCGGCGCGGGAGGGAGCGGCGACCACCCCCCACCCGGGUGGGAGGCAGAGCCCGCGCGGCGCCUCUCUCAGGGAACACUGGCCCUGCUACCGGAGCCCCAGGAGCCCCCAUGAGUGCCGGCGAAGGGCGUCCUGGGUAGCUAGGCCCUGGCUGGUCCAGGGCUGGGCACCCCACCAUGCCGCCCAUUCUCCAGCGCCUCCAGCAGGCCACCAAGAUGAUGAGCCGCAGAAAAAUCCUGCUGCUGGUGUUAGGGUGCAGCACCGUAAGCCUCCUCAUCCACCAGGGGGCACAGCGCAGCUGGUACCCCAAGCUGUUCCCCGUGAGCUGUCCACCUCUGCGGGACUCGCCGCCUCGUCCCAAGCACAUGACCGUGGCCUUCCUGAAGACACACAAGACGGCGGGCACCACGGUGCAGAACAUCCUGUUCCGCUUCGCCGAGCGCCACAACCUGACCGUGGCGCUGCCGCACCCGAGCUGCGAGCACCAGUUCUGCUACCCGCGCAACUUCUCGGCGCACUUCGUGCACCCGGCCACGCGGCCGCCGCAGGUGCUGGCCAGCCACCUGCGCUUCGACCGCGCCGAGCUCCAGCGCCUCAUGCCGCCCGGCACCGUCUACGUCACCAUCCUGCGCGAGCCGGCCGCCAUGUUCGAGUCGCUCUUCAGCUACUACCACCAGUACUGCCCGGCCUUCCGGCGCGUGCCCAACGCGUCGCUCGAGGCCUUCCUGCGCGCGCCCGACGCCUACUACCGCGCGGGCGAGCACUUCGCCAUGUUCGCGCACAACACGCUGGCCUACGACCUGGGCGGCGACAACGAGCGCAGCCCGCGCGACGACGCCGCCUACCUGGCGGGCCUCAUCCGCCAGGUGGAGGAGGUCUUCUCGCUCGUCAUGAUCGCCGAGUACUUCGACGAGUCGCUCGUGCUGCUGCGGCGCCUGCUGGCCUGGGACCUGGACGACGUGCUCUACGCCAAGCUCAACGCGCGCGCCGCCAGCUCGCGCCUCGCCGCCAUCCCCGCGGCGCUGGCGCGGGCCGCGCGCGCCUGGAACGCGCUCGACGCCGGCCUCUACGACCACUUCAACGCCACCUUCUGGCGCCGCGUGGCGCGCGCCGGCCGCGCCUGCGUGGAGCGCGAGGCGCGUGAGCUGCGCGCGGCCCGCGAGCGCCUGCUGCGGCGCUGCUUCGGCGACGAGCCCGUGCUGCGGCCCGCCGCGCAGAUCCGCACCAAGCAGCUGCAGCCGUGGCAGCCCAGCCGCAAGGUGGACAUCAUGGGCUACGACCUGCCCAGUGGCGCUGCCGGCCCCGCCACCGAGGCCUGCCUCAAGCUGGCCAUGCCCGAGGUGCAGUACUCCAACUACCUGCUGCGCAAGCAGAAGCGCCGGGGCGGCCCGCGGCUCCGGCCAGAACCCGUCCUGGACAUCCCCCCGCCUCGGCCCAUUCGAGCGCUGCCCCGCGUCCCCCAGGGUCCCUGACGCCCUGCUAUGCCCUUCCAGUGGUCCAGCCUCCGACUGCCGCUAGGACUCACCCCAAGAGAGCUCUUGCAUUCCAAGGGGCUUGAGCCCUGCACUGAACUUGGGGUGCCUCUCCGUAUCUGAGCCCGUCUUCCCGAGAAUGGCCCUUUGCAGAGGGUGUUGAUAGGUCCGAUCGAGCCCCGGGCCACCCUCUCCUCCUUCCCAACUGGUGGGUGACUUUGGCAAGAGGCCUGAGGCCCAUCCAGAACUGCCGACUCUGCCUUUUUCUGGGGGCUGAGCUCCCCACCAAUCUGGGUGCUACCCAGAUCCGGAAGGGAAGGCUGAGCCUCACAUGUUUUUUCUGAAUGGAGGAGCCCAAGCCUCAGAGAAGGGCUGGACCCUGGAGGACAGGCCGCCCUGGCUGUCAGCAUCACCCAUCUUCCCAGGGCUUCAGGGGCCCCCAUAUUGUCUGUCUUCCAGGUCCUAACUUCCCCAUAGACCUAAGCUUCUCCCAGACUCCCAGAGCAAAGUGUUCUUGGAUUGGGCUUUUUGUUUGGUUGGAUUUUCUUUUCUUUUUUUAAUAAAAUAUCUUUAUAAUGUC